AUGGUCAUGCAGGUGGGAAGGGAAAAGGUGGCUCAUACCAAUACCUCCCACUUGCCUCUGCCUCCUCAGCUCUUCACCUACAUAGAGUUCUUCAAGCAGAGACUCAAGAUCCUUAUCAAGGACUUCAAUCCUGAGCUCACCACCACUGCCAUUGACUUCAGGUGCAUGACUAUCACCAACCUCUUUGCUGAACAUGUGCCUCUGGAGGGAGUCUCUGUUAAGAUAAUGAAGACUGUCUACAACAGGCAUGACUUGAAGAAGAAGCACCAGGGAACUCUGAAUGCUGCCAAUGCAGGCAAGGUACCUGAAGGUGCUCAGACAGCCAUGGGCAAGAUGGAGGCCAAGAUGGCAACAGCAAUUGUUGAGGAAGAGAAGCACCAGCAUGUCAACAUCAAGAAGUGCCAGGCAAGGACAACUGAGGAUGAUGAGGAGUGGCAGUCAGUCUCAGGCCACCUGCCCAAGAAGAGGAAGAGGAGGGCCUAUGAGGAGGAAGAGGAGGAAGAGGAAGAGGAGCAGGAGGCAGAAGAGGAUUCUCAGGAAGAGGAUGAGGAUGAGGAAGAGGGGGAGGAGGAAGACGAAGUUGAGAGGUUCCAUGAGAUGAGGAUUGCUCAGUCUGGUGAGCUGGAGCUAUGUGUCAGAUGGGUUGGCUACACUGAGGAGUUUGACAUGUGGCUUCCCUUCACUCAACUGGGUAAUGCCCUGGCAUGUGUUGAGGAGUUUAUCAAGGCUAAUUUCUUGUAA